AUGUUCUAGCAGAUAAAAUUGGGCAGUGUAAUGUUGUUGAUCUGACCUCAUUGGAAGAUGUUCUUUGUGGAAUGUGUGGUAUGACCCAUCACCAGAUACGCGUCAGCAGUGUUUUGUUCUUGAGCGUAACCUUGAUAACUAUGAAAGAAUACUUUCUUUGUUGCAGGACAGAAUAAUAAAUAAGGGGUCAGCAAGGUCUUUUUGUGCAUGAGCUAACAAGCGAAGUCCUUCAGGCCUGUGCCAAGUGGAUCAACUCUGACUGAGUCACAAUUUAACUAAGAACUUUUGUCACUUAUCUCCAUGGACGGUAUUUGAUAGUCACUAGGGGAGUUUUGAACUGUUUGCACUGUGUGCUUGUUUCAACAGCCUCUCAUUACUUAAGCUGAUUAAUAUCCAAUGCAGAGAUAGUUUCUGGGACAGUAACCAAAUCUGCUUUAAUCUGGUAGUAUAGCACGAGAAAGGAGGAUUGUUUUAGUGCCGCCUUUUUGGAUGAGGAAUGUAGUAGCUCCAAAUUCUUUGCUGGGUCACUGUCUGACGUGAGAAGUAAAAAGUAACAGUGAAGGGUAGUCUCAGAUGGCCUAGAUAUCAUUAAGUGUAGUUUGAUAGACAACUUGCCUCCUAAACUUCCUGGCGACACAAGUUAGUUCAGUUUUGUGCAAUAAAUGGUUCACCUUUUCUCUAUGAUGGCCUAUUUCCUAAAAUCCCAGCCCCUCUGUGUUCUCGGCUAUCUUUAUGCAGUGCAGGCCAAGGACGCAAACAACCUAGAUGCUUAUCGGUAUCCAGUUGCAAAAGAAGAUCUCCACUUGCCAAGUCAGGAGCAUGUGGUGGAGAAUAGUCAGUUGCUGCAGUUUUGAGAUAGAGUGAAGGAACAGAACAGUGUUUGUGACAGGGAAUGAAAUCUCUUUAUCUUGGUGCAGGAUUGUAAGAGAAAUAAGAACAGCUGUUGAGAAAUGAUUAAUCUGUCAUGUUAAACGUUGUUGCCACAUUUAAAAGUCAGCAGUUUAAUUCGUGCUGAUCUGGUGGGGCUCGUGUGAUGAAUCAUUCCUGUGUUACUCCUCUGUGUCUGGCUUUCUCACUGCUUUUUUUCAUGCCGUCUUCUCCCUGCCCCACUCUCAACACACCUCUUGAUACGCCUUAUUAUCCUGCAGCGGCCCAGCUUGGAGCUCACUGUCCACUGCUGCUUGGAAAUUUCCGUAAAGCACUGCUUGUCUACUGUUUGGGCCUGGAGUGGAGUGGAGUGAGUGUGUGCUCUGUGUGUGGGUGUGUGUGUGUGGGUUGGGUGGACAGAGAAAGGGGGUGAGAGAAGGAGUCAGGGAGAGAGAGUGAGAGUAUGUUUCAGAGCUGUUUGACUUUCUCUUCCGUGAGAUGAUGACCCAUUAGAUGGAGGGACUCUGAUUUUUGAACUCUGGAUCAUCAUGCUUCACAACCUUGGACCUGCACUGAGCCUACUGCACUGUGAAGGUGUGAACAACCAGACCUACAUCUGUGAGUCAGGACACUGCUGCGGGGAGUCUCAGUGCUGCAGCUACUACUAUGAGCUCUGGUGGUUUUGGUUGGUGUGGGCAAUCAUCUUCAUUUUAAGCUGCUGCUGUGUGUGCCAUCAUCGACGCACCAAACACAGACUGCAGCAGCAACAACGGCAGCACGAGAUCAACCUCAUCGCCUACCGUGAAGCACACAACUACCCCUCUGUGCCCUUCUACUUCAGGUUUCUUCCAAACUACCUCCUGCCUGACUAUGAAGAGGUGGUCAACAGGCCACCAACUCCCCCUCCUCCUUACAGUGCCUUACACACAGGCCCCUCGUCAGUGGCCUCGAGUCCACAGGCUCCUGAGCAACAGGAGGGACACUGUCCAACCACCCAGUCCACUGCAGUGACCCCAGUCACUGACAGUCUGUGUUGUAGACCCAGCACAGAUGAAGCACAGCCCCCCUCCUUAGACUUUCGGCCUAAGCCUGACAACAAGCCCCUGCAGACGGCAUCAGGUCCAGGAAGGAUUCUGUUGUCAGACGGGGUAAGCAGGGAGGGGUUUACCAGCCAGGAAAAAAGAAGUGGAAGUGGGGAUGACCCCUGCAAAGACCCCCUGCUGAAGGACCUAUCAGAGGGUUGUGCUGAGGACAAAGAUCGACUCCCCAUUGGAAGGAGGAGGCGAUUCACAGGGGACUCUGGGAUUGAGGUUUGUGUGUGCGGCACACGAGGGAGUAGCGGCUUAGGCGGAGCUGGAGGGAUGGGCCAGGAAGGCAAGGAGUUGAGGGAGCUGGAGAGCCUGCUGGGACGUGAGGGAGAUGACAGGGAGGAGGAGGAGGAGAUGGGCGACUUCUGCGAUAGCUGCGGUCAUAGAGCCUCCUUCAGCGUAGAGGAGGAGCAGGCACUUGGCGGACCAGAGAGGCGGGGUGCACGUGGGCCAUCAGCACCUCCUCAGCUGGCCCACCAGAUCGGCAGCGCUGCGCUCCAUCCUCCAGUCUGCCUUCUUCUCCACACCAUCAAUGAGCAAGAGGGGCCGCACCACAGCACCAGCACUGAGCCGCAGGGCUGAAUCUUUCACUCACUCUCACAUGUUUGUGUCCCAGAGGGAAGGAGAGAGUGCUUGACUCAGAGCAAGGAGGCAUAAGCUUUUAUCAGAGCAAGCAUGUCUUAUCAUUACUUUCUCAGUGAGUGUUUUUAUGAAUGUGUGCAUCUCAUAUAAUACAAGCGUGGGAACAGGAAGUGGAACCUCCGACACAAAUGAUAACAAUGUUGAGAAAGUCUGCCCCUCGCAAACUUGAACGGUGGCCUUAACCUGUGUAUUUUGGGUUAUAUUUGGGAAGAACAAGCCCUACAACAGCCUGUGGCAAAUAAGACUUCUCACAAUCACACACCUUCACAGUUGACUUUCUUAUGCAACAGAAGCUACUGAUACACAGUUAAAGACGUGAUAGCUGAAGCUUUGACGUCAGGACGGGACAAUCACUGCCCAGGCUGAUGCAGCUCCCAGCAGGUGCUUUCAAAAAUUCUGCAGAGCUGCUCUCUGCAGGCCAGAAACUACAUAGAAAGAAAUCAUACAGCAGGAACAUUUUGAAUGAGUGCAAUGUGGAUUUACCACAGUGAGUGCUUGUUGCAAACUGAUACUGUACAGGGACUCUAGAACAAGACUGUGUGGAACGUCCCAUUAGACUCAUGCUUCUAAAGUGCUUAUUCAGCGAUUAAAAACCGCUCUGCCUCGUGUUUUUGUUGCUCUCUAUCUGCCCAGCUAAUGAUAGAGAAGUAAAAGUGCAUUAACAGAUCUUCAUGUCAGCAGUUCCUAUUUUGCACAAAAUGUAUAUAUCUUUGUUAAAGAAGCUUUUAGCUAAAAAUCAAAACAGAAAAUGCUUAAUUUCUUAAAUUCAGUCUUAAAUUGCCAUAAGAUCAGUCUUUUAGGGCUUUGUUGCAGCGUCUGUGAGAAAUGGACCUCUGUGAAAUGCCAGUAGGGAAUGCAACUGAUUCACAUGUACACAAUGAUUUUGUAAACUUAAUUUAAUGAAUGUUUGUAGUAUGUGCCUAUCCCAAAAAAUGCAUAAUUUUCAUAUACAAUGAUGUGCAUCAUUGACAUGAGAGACUAUGUAAAAGCAGGUACCAAAACCAGGAAUGAACAUUAAGCUAUUUAGAGAUUAAAACUGAGAUGGGCAACGUCA